GAGCACAUAUGACUCAGCAUACUCAUUGUCCUGUGUCUCUGAGCAUCAGUUGCGGUUUAGUUGCAGAUGUUGAGGGUAGUGUGAGGGGCCAAAGCUGAUGUUGAGAAGUUACGAGAAACUCCUUCCUGACGUGGGACCCUCCUCUCUCCCCUCAGAAGAUCCCGUACCCGUGGCCUCCGGUGGGGCUUCCUCCCGCAGCGCCAGCCGCAGGAAGAGGACCAGCUUCUCCAAGGAGCACGUGGAGCUGCUGCGGGCCACGUUUGAGACCGACCCCUAUCCCGGCAUCAGCCUGAGGGAGAGCCUGUCCCAGACCACAGGCCUACCAGAGUCACGCAUCCAGGUGUGGUUUCAGAACAGAAGAGCCCGCACCCUGAAGUGUAAAGGGGCCAAGAAAGCGCUGUGGCAGUCGGACAGCCCGUCCCAGGACGCUCUCCCUCCGUCCCACACCAUGGCAGCCAGGAGCCCCCAGCCUGGCUUGGUCCCGUUGCCACCCCAAGGCCCCCCGCCGGCCUACCCGACCCAGGUGAAGGAGGAGAUGGAGGAGGACUGCUUCUAUGGACGAUGCCCUCCAGCUUACUCCAACCACGGAGAGCAUGGACAUUUUGGCUACGGGUUCCAGCAGGGCAGACUGCUGGGCGGAGGCUCCAGCCCGCCUUUGAAGAAUGGCUGGCCUCAACAGGGUGGUCAAAUCCCCCCCGCCACACCGCUGUGGUGCCCCUCUCCCCUGGAGAUGAGAAACUACGGCUUGGGCUCCAGCCAGGCCGCCACCUUCAUGUACCCCGGCCCAGGAGAGCAGCAGGUCUUCAUGCCCUGUGGAGGCUCCACGUCCCAAACCUCCACGCCCGACACGCCCGAUUCAGGAUACUGGGAGGGCGGCCUGGAGAACUCCCCGCCGCUGGAGGGUCAGUACGCCCAGAUGGAGGAUUCCUGGAACGGGAUUGGUCUGGACGGCUGCGGGGAGUCAGGACAUCCAGGGCUGGUCCAGCACCCCCCCCUGCCUGAGCUGUCCCUGCAUGAGAUUUUGGGCGAGCUGGAGGAGGACUGGUGGGGAGGAGAGACUGGACUGGACGGCCACUCUGCCGAGGAGAAACUGGCUUUCUGCUGAGGACGGUGUGACAGAGCGUGCAAUGGACAGUUUUGAUAAAACAUAGCUGAUCAUAUGUAUCAUUUUGAUUUGGUGCGAUAACUUGGUCAUUGUGUAUUUCUGUUGUAUACAGAAGAAGUGGACUUGGGAAACUAAGAAACUAAGAAAAGUUAAGGCUACAAUUGUUUAUUUGCCCUUUCAAAAUCAACUCCAUUUCCUCAAUCUAUUUAUUCACCUAUUCAUUAUUUAUCGCCUCUAUUUAUGAUUUUCUGCACUUUUAUUUAAAU